GGAGUGGCAAUUCUUGAAAAAAAAGUGAAAGACAUGCAUCAGCUUUCCAUAACUGCAGUUGAACUCUUGGUGUCUGAGUGUUAUCGUUGAAAGCAUGGACAUAGGCUUUGAAGAGAUAUGCAAGGCGGUCCUUAUGUUUGCAGUACCUGGUGGAGUUGUGAUUCUGACUCCUGCCAUUCUGGCUACACUGGGGUUCACUUCAGCUGGAAUAGUAGCAGGCUCUAUCGCUGCCAAACUGAUGUCAUAUUUAGCAAUUGCUAGUGGAGGUGGAGUUGCAGCAGGAGGUCUCGUAGCAAUCUUGCAGUCCUGGGGUGCGUCAGGUCUGUCAUGGGCUGUCACUUUAUUGUUUGGCAGUGCUGGAGCAGCAGUGGCUUGGGUGCUCUCAACUGUGUGUAACGUGACUGUGAUAUAUGAAGAUUCACACAGUGAAUAAACACAAACUGACCUAUAAAUCUUUCCUGCUGUGACAAAUCUCAAUCGCCUGAAUGAAACUUUAUUCUUAUGUGUGAAUGUCGAACACUCAGAUUAAAGCAUGAUUUGAGAAUUAAAUUACAAAAACAUUUAAAAAAACAUUUUGAGUUGAUUUGAUUUGAUUCUGGUAGUUGUUUGACAUAACUGUGACGUCACACAACUGCAGUGACAACAGCAAAGGAAUGUG